AUGGUCUAUCGCCAAAUAUUUCCUGAUAAACUCAUUCCAUUUCUCCCGUAAGAUACCUCUCUGCUAAAAAAAACUUCAAAGAAAAGGAGAGAGAGGUUCAGAGUCAAAUCAGAAGAUGGUGAAGGUCGCAACCUUCUUCGCCAUGACGCUUGGUGCCUUCGUGUUCUGGGAGUCUCUUGAUAGGCUUCACGUCUACAUGGCUUUGCACCAAGACGAAAAGAAAGAGAGACUAGAACGAGAAAUGGAGAUCAAGCGUGUUAGAGACGAGCUAUUAAAAAAGCAAAAGGAUUCUAUGGCAUAAAGGCCACUGUGGCGGGGCUUUUCUCUGACCUCAGUGCUCAUUUUCUCUUGGUUACUCAAUUUCCCUAAUAUUCAUAUACCCAGGGCCCUGGAAGGUACAAAUAAAAAAUUUGGAUUGCAAUCUGUUGGUAAGUUGUAUGGAGGUUUGCAUUUUCGUGCCAUGUUGAUUGUGCAUUAAAAGGUGACUAUUGCCUGCUCAUUUAGAAAUGAUUUUGGAUAGGAGGUUAGAUCAUCACAAUGAUUUUGGAUUAGUCGAGGAAGCUCACCAUAUUCAUCACAAGCAAUACGGGAAUUUAUGAUGAGUUAGGAGUAUGGAGGGCAUAGCAGUUCUAUUUCAGGGGAAUGUAGUGGCUAGGUUAUUUCUUGGUAGAAUUUAGAGUUUUAAAAAUUGGACAUUUCUUGAUAGAAACUUGGAAAAACAAUGAAAAGGAAAAAAAAUCCCUAAGAAAGGUUAAGUUUUUAUCUUUGGUACAAGGUCCCAAUCACUACUAGUCGUCAAUUGGGCGGCUGGGGUUGUGUUCCAUUGACUGAGAAAAGUAUCAGAGACUCUGUAGAAAAAUGACAUGAUCUUAGUCACUCGAUUUCGCAUUUGACAGAUAGGGGCGAUUGUGGUUUUAUGAUGUAUAAUCUGAAGGUAUAAUUUUUUUAAAGCUUGUCUAUAUUCAUACGUUUCUCCAUAUCAUAAAUCUUAAGGGGACAUUCAGUA